AUGACGUCCCAGUACCCUCUCUAUCGUUUAGUGCAAGUGGAGCAAGAGGGUGGUGGUUCUGGACGCUGGGAAGGCCCAGGCGUGGUGUAUGUUAUGACGUACAUCUGUCAAACGACGAAAACGAAGUACUACAAAAUCGGUUGCACUUCAAGAGAUCCAGAAAUACGUCUGAAAGAAGUAGAAAUGAAGGAAAGGAAGCACAGAGGAAACAGUUCAGUUAGAAUCCAGUUACUUGGUUUUGUACACGUGGACAAAAUGAGAGAAGCUGAAACAGAAGCUCAGAAACAUGCAGCAGAAAAACUGGGUCUCCAGAAACAUGUUGGUUCACGAGGGAAUGCAACGGACUGGUUCACCAACACCAGAAACGCGACGACAGAACAGCAAGUUCUGGACGCUGUAGGAGAAGCAUGCGGCGGAUCAGUGUAUCAACAAUAUGACUUGGAUACUGACAUCAACUGCUACACAAAGAAAGGGACGGAAUUCACGGAAGAACCACUUGAUUUUAUGUCCAUAACAGCUAAAGCAGUUAAAGAGGCCAAUAAGCGUUACAAGUCAGGUUAUGUGUUUGUUACCAAAGUCAAGGUAGACGGGAGCUCAAAUCGUUACAGUUACUAUAUUGAUUGCACUGAAGGCGAUCCAGUAAAGCGUGUGCAAGAAAUGCAAAACCAUGAGUUAACUGGUUUUGUGUAUGCAAAACAAAUGGAACGUGCUAAAAAGAAGGUUGAGGACGCUGUCAUUGCUUCGGGGUACAAACGUGUAUAG